AUGGCCGGGGACGGCGGAGCCGACGUCAAACGGUGGUGGGCCGACCUCCCCGGCGACCUCCUCGGCACCGUCUACCUCAGAUCCGCCACAGCCUACGACCAGGCGCGCUUCGCCGCCGUCUGCGCCACAUGGCGCGCCGCAGCGUUGUGGCACCGGCGGCUGCCGGCUCUGCCGCUGCUGCUCGCGACCACGGGCAACAGCUUGCGCGACCGGGAGGCAAGGGCGUACAGCCCCGAGGAAGGUAGGGCCCUGCGCAUCGCGCUGCCGUGGUUCCCGUGGGGCAACCGGCUCGUCGGAUCCUACGACGGUGGUUGGAUCGCCACCGCGUCCAGCUCCGACCAGCUCCUCUUGGUGAACCUCUUCUCCGGCGCUCGGGCCCCGCUCUCUGAGCAACAGAGCGCAAUUGUGUGCGCGUGCCCGCUGCCCAUCCGGAGGGACACUAUUCUCACUUCCUCGCGCAGGUGCGGCAGAGCUCUCCACGUCAAGAAAAUCAUCUGCUCCACGGAUCCUUCCUCGAGCAGCUGCAUCCUCGCCGCCAUGACCAACCAGUGCUCCAUUGCGCUCUGCCGUGUCGGGAGCAAUGGAAGGUGGAGGACACGAGGGUGUAGCAGGUACAUUGCAUAUGGACAUCUGGUGCUAGAGGACAUUGCCUUCGUCAACGGUGAGCUAUAUGGCAUUACGCACAAUGAACUUUUCUGGUUUGACAUCAGCUUCGACAAAGAUGGCAAUCCGGUGGCCACCCCCCUCCGCCUGCCAGUCAUUGAGAUGGAUGCCUUGCACGCGCAUCCCGGCACAAGAUACAUCUUCCAACUGCGCUCCAACAUAGCAAUAGCGGUGGAGAUCUGGCCGCUAAUUAGCCUCGGUAGUUCUGCAAUUUUCAAGGUGUUCGAGCUCUCUGACAGCGGCAGGAGGUGGGAAGAGGUGAUGAGCUUGGAUGGCUACGCCUUGUUUCUAGGUCCAGCGUGUUGUAAGGCAAUGCCCAUGCCUGUGACCAACGUGCGCAGUGGGGUGGAGGGUAACCGUAUCUACUACUCCAAGCAACACUCCUCUCCCCACAACAACAAGGAUUGCUUAGCAAGGUUGGACCUCGGUAGUUGCACCGUUUAUUGUUGCCAAAGCAAAGUUGGGCGCCAUUUGGAGAGGAUCACGUCACGAGGAUACCAUUACGAGGAGUGGGAUGGCUGUAAUGGUUGUAAUGCGUGCAUGUGGCUUGUACCACCACAAUUCUAG